CCUGCGACCACUGCCUGCGGGCCCUGGAGACGGCGGAGGAGAACGCCCAGCGCCUGCUGGGGAGGAGCUCCCUGGUGCUGCCUCACCCAGAGCAGUGCAGCAUCCGCAAGGACCUGCACCAGCAGUGCCCCCGAUGCCAGGUGACCUACUGCAGUGCUGAGUGCAGGCAGGCCGCUUUGGAGCAGUACCACCAGGUCCUCUGCCUCGGCCCGUCCCGCGACGACCCCACGCACCCCCUCAACAAGCUGCAGGAGGCAUGGAGAAACAUGCACUAUCCACCAGAGACUUCCAGCAUCAUGUUGAUGGCCCGGAUGGUCGCCACUGUUAAACAGGCUAAAGACAAGGAGUGGUGGAUCAAGACCUUCUCCCAGUUCUGCAGUAAGACAGCAAAUGAAGAAGAGGAGAUUGUGCACAAGCUGCUGGGGGACAAAUUUAAGGGCCAGCUGGAGCUGCUGCGGUUGCUCUUCACCGAAGCCCUUUACGAUGAACAGCUCAGCAGGUGGUUCACUCCAGAAGGUUUUCGAUCCCUCUUUGCCCUCGUUGGGACCAAUGGCCAAGGCAUAGGAACAAGCUCCCUGAGCCAGUGGGUGCACGCGUGCGACGCGCUGGACCUGCCCCUGCUGCAGAGGGAGCAGCUGGAUGCCUUCAUCGACCAGCUCUACAAGGACAUUGAGAAGGAGUCAGGAGAGUUCCUCAACUGUGAGGGGUCAGGUCUCUACGUGCUCCAGAGCUGCUGUAACCACAGCUGCAUCCCCAACGCUGAGACAUCCUUCCCAGAGAACAACUUCCUCCUCCACCUGACAGCUCUGGAGGACAUUGAAGCAGGAGAGGAGAUCUGCAUCAGCUACCUGGACUGCUGCCAGCGGGAGCGGAGCCGCCACAGCCGCAACAAG